AUGUGGAGGCCUUUCCUUCCUCUGAACACCAAUGUGUGGUGGCCUUAUGCUUUACUUGUUCUCUCCUCUGUUUGCUUCCAGGAAGCUCUUCGCUUUCUUUUCUGGACGCUUUACAUGAGGCUUGAUGAUGUCUUGGAUUCCUUUGCGGAUCGGAUCUCAAGGCCCCGCUUGUUUCUCACUGAUAAACUUCAGAUUGCUCUUGCUGGUGGUUUAAGUCAUGGUGUGGCUCAUGCUGUCUUCUUUUGUUUGAGCCUCUUAACUCCCGCAUUUGGUCCAGCCACAUUCUAUGUCGACAUAUGUUCGAAGGUCCCAUUCUUUCUCGUCUCUGCAACCAUUGCUCUUGCAUUUGUCACGAUCCACACAUUCUCGAUGGUCAUUGCUUUCGAAGGGUAUGCAAAAGGGAACAAAGUAGAUCAAGUUAUAGUUCCAGUCAUACACCUUUCUGCUGGAAUGUUGACAUUGGUGAAUUUUGCAUCGGAAGGCUGUGUGAUCGGUGUUCCUCUUCUUUACCUUGUGGCAUCAUUGACUCUUCUGCAUUGUGGAAAGAUGGUUUGGAAAAGGCUGAUCGAAAGCCGGAACCAAAGUGGCCCGACCUUACGGUGAUCUGGCCACAGGCUCAGUCUUUUAGGCUUUAAUCCUCUCUAAUUGCGUCAAAACUUAAACGUUAUGUCCUUUUAUUCCUUUCUUAACGCAAC